AUGGUGUUUGCAUUUGUAGCCUUUGGAGUCCUACGGCUUGCAUCUCGAAGGAAGCGUCUCGUUGUAUUUCUCGUUGGUGAGACACUGACGUUGAACGCAGCAUCCUCAGGGUUCUACCAUGCAACGGAAGACGGUCCCUCUCCUGUGGCUGAGACCGAUUCGCAUGGGCAAACAAGAACCAUUCUUCUACAGCCUGAUUGGGAAAACUUUGUUGAUCCUUCUACUAUCGUGAAGCAAACUAUACCAAACUGUGACUGCGUUGCUACCUCGCAGAUUCAGUUGGUGAUCUCAGUCGGGGCAACACGUAUCUCGUCAUCUUCUGAUUCAUGGCAUUUGCAAACGAUGGACCACCCCGGGCGCCUAAAGACCACGGGUGGGGAUGAAUUCUACGUAAGAUUUGAAUGGCAUAGAGAUGAUGUAACGACUAAGGUCGUGGACUCGGAUCGCCGCGGGAGUCGUCGUAGACCGAACCGUCGUCGGAAAAACGUCGAAACCACAGCGGUCGCUCGCGUCACGGAUUGCACGUAUGGACUCGCUUUUGUCACGACACCAUUAAACACCUACCUACGAGUGGUCAUGGAUUUUCCCAUGCUUCCCAGCAUAAGGGGACGCUGA